AUGACAGCUCGUGUUCCCAAUCCACCAGCCUACCCAUCUUCUGAUAGCACCGUCCUGUUCGGCGAAAAAGAGCUGUAUGCACGGAUUGGCGAAGUUGCCGAGAAUGAUGGAGGAAAGACGUUAAUUGAGAAGUUUGAGAUUCCGAUUAGAAGUGGCAAAGCUUGGGUUGUGAAGAAAGGACAAAUCUGUGUUCUCUCGACUCCUGAAGGACCUCAAGUUGGAGAUUUAAAUGUUUUCUCGCUUCAUAACCCUCGAGAACGCUUCUGGGCUGCACGGACGAGACAGCUACACGCUUCUCACGUUUCUGUCGGGGAUAGACUGUGGUCAAAUCUACCAUACCUGAGACCUUUAGUCACUAUCGUCGCCGACAGUCUGAAAGACUAUGGUGUAGAUGAAGUUGGUGGCCGAUGCCAUGAUUUACUAGGGACAAGAUGUGAUCCUUAUGUGGACAAUCUUCUUAGUGGAGAUGACUUCGAUUACCAUUGCCAUUCCAACCUUGUCAGAGCUGUUCUACCAUAUGGGCUUACUGAAUCAGACAUUCAUGACGUUCUGAACGUUUUUCAAGUUACCCGGCUGAACGAAGAUGGAAAGUACUGCAUGGAGACUUGCCCAGCAAAGCCUGGAGAAUACUUCGCUUUCUUCGCCGAGACAGAUGUACUCUGCGCGUUGUCCACUUGCCCAGGAGGUGACCUAUCAGUCUAUGGAUGGGGUGGGGACUCAGCUCAGCGUAUGCUUGAUACUUGCAGACCGCUAGGGGUAGCUGUGUAUGAUAUUGACAGGAAGGAAGAAAUAUUGAAGGGGUGGAAAGAAAGUGAGCCUGCUCGGUACAAAGGGAUGCAUGGAUUGAAAAUCCCAGUAUGGGGCAAGUGA